CCAUAAAUUGGUCUGAGAUACCAAGAAUACCAAGCACCGGCAUCUUGCAGUCUAAGAAAUCUUCGCCCCCCUUGCGAGUGUCUCCGUUCGUUUCCCACGUGGUUUCUAUAUUGGCGAAUUCCUUCUUACCUCAACUCUGAGUUCUAUUGGGCUCUCGUGCCUGCCAGAGAGUUUCUUUUCCAGUUGUUGCUCCUGGCCCGUGCCGUUGUGCAUCGGUUUUUGGAAAGUCAUCUGCCAAUCUCUCCAGUAAACCAAAUCCAUUAGGGAAGUGGGACAACAUGGAUGUUCUACACACUCUUCUCACCCGGGAUGAGAAUGCGGGGCCCGCCCCUGCCUGCGAGACAGGCAACGAAUACGACGGUCGCAUGGGUUUGCGUAUCUCCUCUAUCUUCGUCAUCAUGGUCGGUUCGAUGUUCGGUGCUGUCUUCCCGGUCUUUGCCGGACAGUUUCGACGUACGAAGUAUUUGGAGUGGGCUUUUUUCGUUGCCAAAUACUUUGGCUCCGGCGUCAUUAUUGCUACGGCUUUCAUUCAUCUGUUAGCUCCUGCUGAGGAAGCGUUAAAAAAUGAAUGCCUGACAGGCCCGAUCACAGAGUAUUCAUGGGUCGAGGGUAUUAUCCUAAUGACCAUCGUGGUGCUGUUCUUUGUCGAGAUGAUGGUCAUGCGGUAUGCUCGGUUUGGCCAAAGCCAUGCACAUGAAUUGGCGCAUGAACAUGACCAUGACCAUGACCAUAGAGAGACCAAGACUGCUAGCUCUGAGAGUGGUUCUGAGGUCUUGGACAGCAAGCAUAUUCCCGGCCGGGAUCAUCUGGGUCACUCCCGCGACCACCAUGACCCUGAGAGGGCUUCCCAUGAUUCGUCUCUCGAGGAGUAUAUGGCACAGCUGACUGGCAUUUUCAUUCUGGAAUUUGGUAUCAUUUUCCACUCUGUCUUUAUCGGCUUGACCUUGGCGGUAUCCGGUGCUGAGUUCGUUACGCUCUAUAUCGUCCUUGUAUUCCACCAGACUUUCGAAGGUCUUGGUCUGGGGUCUCGACUGGCUACAAUCCCCUGGCCUCGCGCGAAACGUUUUACCCCAUAUCUUCUGGGCAUUGCAUUCGGUCUGUCGACACCAAUCGCGAUUGCGAUCGGAUUGGGUGUUCGCAAGUCGUACCCUCCCGAGGGCCGCACCACUCUCAUCGUUAACGGAGUCUUCGAUUCAAUUUCCGCCGGUAUCCUCAUUUACACGGCACUCGUGGAGCUUAUGGCGCACGAGUUCAUGUUCAGUAGCUCGAUGAAAAAGGCGCCUAUCCAACACGUGCUGGGCGCGUUCUUCCUCUUAUGCUUGGGUGCUUUGCUGAUGGCUCUUCUUGGAAAAUGGGCUUGAUUUAAGAUUGUCUAUUUUAUUUUAUCUUGUUCUAUUGCUGUGUUACUGUGUUCAAUAUACCCCAUCGGCAGGCUGUUUGAUUUAUUGCUGAGUUGCACUAUUUCUUCACUUCUUGACUGCUGCACUACUUCACUGCUUCUACUAAG